UGAUAAAAAUAUUAAUAAUAUUUUAUUGAGUUGUGGGAAAGCGGAAAUCGAUAGAGAUAUGAGAUAAUGAGGGUAAACAGAGCCUUUCCUACUUAAGACUUUUUCAUGGCCUACGCUCAGGUCCUUUCCGGCAUCUAUUCCAUCUCCUUCAGCCAGGUUGAAUCAGGAAUCAAUCAUAAGAAGCAAACCCAAGUUUGCAUGGAGAUGCAUAAAGAUAAAUAUUCAAUUUCCAGCGAGCACUCCACAAUGAAAAUUCCACAUGUAUUGUCUGUUGCUGGUUCUGACUCAGGAGCUGGUGCGGGAAUUCAAGCUGAUCUCAAGGCUUGUGCUGCGCGCGGAGUUUACUGUUCCACAGUUAUCACUGCUGUUACCGCACAAAACACAGUUGGUGUUCAGGGUGUAGACAUUGUGUCUGAUGAUUUUGUAGCAAAACAAUUGAGGUCUGUGCUAUCUGAUAUGCAAGUUGAUGUCGUGAAAACAGGCAUGCUACCUUCUGUUACUGUAGUCAAUAUUCUUCAUCAAAAUCUUAGGGAGUUUCCAGUUCGAGCUUUAGUGGUUGACCCUGUUAUGGUGUCUACAAGUGGAGAUGUACUGGCUGGUCCUUCCAUUCUUACGGGGUUCCGAGAGGAGCUUCUUCCUAUGGCUGACAUCGUAACCCCAAAUUUAAAAGAGGCCUCAGCUUUACUUGGUGGUCUGAAAGUGGAAACAAUUUCUGACAUGCGUUCAGCCGCAAAGUUGUUACAUGAUAUGGGCCCAAGAAAUGUUCUUGUCAAAGGUGGUGACCUUCCUGAUUCAUUGGAUGCUGUUGAUAUCUUCUUUGAUGGUGAGGACUUCUAUGAACUGCGCUCAUCUCGGUUGAAAACUCAUAAUACUCAUGGUACUGGUUGCACUUUGGCAUCAUGUAUAGCGGCUGAGUUGGCUAAAGGUUCUUCAAUGCUCCUGGCUGUUAAGGCAGCUAAAUGCUUUAUUGAGACUGCCUUGGACUACAGCAAAGACAUUGUCAUUGGAAAUGGUCCCCAAGGUCCCUUUGAUCACUUAUUGAGGCUUAAAAGAAACAUUCGCAAGUCUUAUGGGCAGGAUAGAUUCAAUCCAAAUGACUUGUUCUUGUAUGCCGUCACGGAUUCAGGAAUGAACAGAAAGUGGGACCGUUCUAUUUCAGAUGCUGUUAAAGCUGCUAUAGAAGGAGGUGCUACUAUAGUUCAACUGAGGGAAAAGGACAUUGAAACAAGGGAUUUUCUUGAAGCUGCCAAAUCAUGCCUUGAAAUUUGUAGACACCAUGGAGUGCCUUUACUUAUAAAUGAUCGCAUCGAUAUUGCACUUGCCUGUGAUGCUGAUGGUGUGCAUCUUGGCCAGUCAGACAUGCCUGCUCAUGUUGCUCGCACUCUUCUUGGUCCUGAAAAGAUCAUUGGUAUAUCGUGCAAGACCCCAGAGCAAGCUCAACAAGCAUGGACUGAUGGUGCUGAUUACAUUGGCUGUGGCGGUGUAUAUCCAACUAAUACAAAGGCAAAUAAUCCCACCCUAGGGUUGGAUGGACUGAAAUCUGUUUGUUCAUCUUCAAAGUUGCCUGUGGUUGCCAUUGGUGGCAUUGGUAUUUCAAAUGCUGGUCCUGUCAUGGCAAUGGACAUGCCAAACCUGAAAGGUGUUGCUGUUGUAUCGGCUUUGUUUGACAAGGAAUGUGUUUUGACAGAGACUAGGAAGUUGCAUGCGGUGCUAGUGGAGACGGCAGCAACAAUAGCCAAGUGAAAAAAACAAAAAUAGCGCCAUCAGUCCUUGCCUACAAUGCUUUUGCGGAAUUGUUAUCAGAAAAUGAAGAUUUUGGUGUUAAGAGGUAUUAUAAUGGUUCUCUUUGAAUAUCAACUGAUAUUAUAUAAAAAUAAUGAGUUUUCAAACACUGCAAUAAGUUCUUAUCUCAUUUUCUAGGACAGAGUCAUUGAUUAAGAAGUUUGAAAUUUAAAUUGCAUACA